UUUGUAAACAAGUCUGACAUGCAGCGUCAUGCGAAAGAGAUCCACAGAAUGGAAGAUAAGGGAUACAAGUGCGUCAAAUGUCUCAAGUCGUUUCCGUCUUCGCAACAGUUGGCUCAGCACUCAUUGGUUCACACAAAUGUGCGUAAAUAUCCGUGCAGGUAUUGCGAUAAAGCUUUUAAGCAAUUGUCCCACGUUCAGCAACAUCUGCGUAUACAUACAGGCGAAAGACCAUACCAAUGUGCUGUAGAGGGAUGCUCAAAAUCAUUCCGUCAACUUUCAAGUUUGCAGCAGCAUAUAAAGGGGCACAAC